AUGUUUCCAACAACGCCAUUUUAUCGUCGACAUAUUGAAUGUCAAUUCCAUCAUCUUAAAAGCAGUUUUAAGAGAUCAAUUACGAGAAAAGAAAACCAGGAUAAUCGGAUUAAUGUUUGUUAUUCAAUUUGUGUGAACUGUGAAGUGAGAUGUUCAUCUAUUGGAUGUUCACCUAGCGAUAUUCUAUUGACAGAAUCUCAAAAUUCUUUAAACAAACUAGAAGUUAUUGUUAUUCCACAUAAUCAGAUUAAAGAAGACUUGACUAAUAAGCGAAUCAGAAGAGAGAAGAGUUCACAGCAAAAUGUGUUUCCAUCUCAAUUAUUUGACUGA